AUGUUCUAUGCUCUCCUGGGGAUUCCGCUCACUUUGGUCAUGUUUCAGAGCCUGGGUGAAAGGAUUAACACCUUUGUAAGGUAUCUCCUCUACCGCAUCAAGAAGUGCCUUGGAAUGAGACGAGCUGAGGUUUCAAUGGCCAACAUGGUCAUUAUUGGAUUUUUUUCCUGUAUAAGCACAUUGUGCAUUGGUGCAGCUGCGUUUUCACACUAUGAGCAAUGGAGCUUUUUUCAUGCCUACUAUUACUGCUUUAUAACCCUUACUACCAUUGGGUUUGGAGACUAUGUGGCGCUCCAGAAGGAUGCAGCCCUACAAAACAAGCCACAGUAUGUUGCCUUUAGCUUUGUGUACAUAUUAACGGGACUUACAGUCAUAGGAGCAUUCCUCAAUUUGGUGGUCCUACGGUUCAUGACCAUGAAUGCAGAGGAUGAGAAAAGGGAUGCCGAACAUCGAGCUCUGCUGAACCGAAAUGGACACUCCAGCAUACACACCAAUGACACUAGUUCCUCCAGUGGUGGUUUUCGAAAUGUCUACGCUGAGGUUCUUCACUUCCAGUCCAUGUGUUCUUGUUUGUGGUAUAAGAGUAGGGAAAAACUACAGUACUCUAUUCCCAUGAUCAUACCUCGGGAUUUGUCUACAUCAGACAACUGCAUGGAGCAAAACCACCACUCACCUGGUAGAUACAUGGGCACGCCGUCCAAUGGAUGCAUUUGCAAUACCCAGCAUUCAGCCAUUAGCUCAGUAUCAACGGGACUGCACAGUCUCUCUGCCUUUAGGGGACUCAUGAAGCGGAGAAGUUCUGUGUAA